UCCGAGGCUGCUCCUUUCGGCAGCUGGGGGGGCAGCGGGGCGGACCGACGGGAUCUCGCGAGAUUCUCGCGCGGUGGGCCCCGAGGAUCCAGCAUGGCGGACUCGGGGCUACUGCUAAAGCGGGGUGCCUGCCGUUCCACUUGGCUGCGGGCCCGCAAGGCCCGGCCCCAGCUCAUCCUCAGCCGCCGGCCCCGCCGCCGGCUCGGGACCCUGCGCUGGUGCGGUCGGCGGCGCCUACGGCGGCGGUUACUGCAAGCCCAGGCGGCCGGCGUGGACUGGAGGGAGGGAGCCCGCCAGGUGUCGCGCGCGGCGGCGGCCCGGAGACCCAAGACCGCGACCCCCAGCCCGAUCCCUAGCCCGACCCCGGCCUCCGAACCCGAAUCCGAACUCGAACUCGAAUCCGCCUCGAGUUGCCGCCGGCCUCUCCUCAUCCCGCCAGUGCGGCCAGUGGGCCCCGGCCGCGCGUUGCUGCUGCUGCCGGUCGAGCAGGGUUUUACUUUUAGUGGGAUCUGUCGUGUGACUUGCCUCUAUGGCCAGGUGCAGGUAUUUGGUUUUACCAUCAGCCAAGGCCAGCCUGCCCAAGACAUCUUCUCUGUGUAUACCCACUCUUGCUUGAGUAUCCAUGCACUUCAUUACUCGCUGCCUGAGAAAACCAAGAAGGAACUGAAAAGGGAAGCCCGGAAUUUGCUCAAAUCUCAUAUUAACCUUGAUGACAGGCGUUGGUCGAUGCAGAAUUUUUCUCCUCAGUGUUCCAUUGUGUUGCUAGAACAUCUGAAAACUGCCACUGUAAACUUCAUAACCAGCUAUCCGGGUUCAUCCUACAUUUUUGUGCAAGAGAGUCCAAUUCCCCAGAUUAAACCUGAAUAUUUAGCCUUGAGGUCUGUUGGCAUCAGAAGAGAGAAAAAAAGGAAAGGCCUUCAGUUAACUGAGAGUACCCUUUCAGCCCUGGAAGAGUUAGUCAAUGUUUCCUGUGAAGAAGUAGAUGGCUGCCCUGUCAUUCUGGUUUGUGGAUCCCAGGAUGUUGGAAAGUCAACAUUUAAUAGAUACCUGAUUAACCAGUUGUUAAAUAGUCUUCCCUGCGUUGACUAUUUGGAAUGUGAUCUGGGACAGACAGAAUUUACCCCUCCUGGUUGCAUUUCUUUGCUUAAUAUUACAGAACCAGUUCUGGGACCACCUUUCACUCACCUGAGGACUCCACAGAAGAUGGUAUAUUAUGGGAAACCUUCUUGUAAAAACAACUACGAGAAUUACAUUGACAUAGUGAAGUAUGUGUUCAGCGCUUACAAGAGAGAGUCCCCUCUCAUCGUCAACACUAUGGGAUGGGUUUCAGACCAGGGACUCCUGCUUCUCAUUGAUCUGAUCCGAUUGCUGUCUCCCAGCCACGUGGUUCAGUUCCGCUCUGACCACAGUAAAUAUAUGCCAGACCUCACCCCGCAGUAUGUAGAUGACAUGGAUGGCUUGUACACAAAAAGCAAGACCAAGAUGAGAAAUCGACGCUUCAGACUCGCAGCAUUUGCAGAUGCUUUGGAAUUUGCUGAUGAAGAAAAAGAGAGUCCAGUUGAGUUCACUGGACAUAAACUGAUAGGUGUUUAUACAGACUUUGCAUUCAGAAUAACUCCAAGAAAUAGAGAGUCACAUAACAAAAUUCUUCGAGAUCUGUCCAUCUUGAGUUACCUUAGCCAGCUGCAGCCCCCGAUGCCCAAACCACUUUCUCCUUUACAUAGCUUGACACCCUAUCAGGUCCCUUUCAAUGCAGUUGCACUCCGGAUUACCCACUCUGAUGUCGCCCCUACCCAUAUACUAUAUGCUGUGAACGCCAGCUGGGUUGGUCUUUGCAAGAUCCAGGAUGAUGUCAGAGGAUACACGAAUGGGCCCAUCCUGCUUGCCCAGACUCCAAUCUGUGACUGCUUGGGCUUUGGCAUCUGUAGAGGCAUUGACAUGGAGAAGCGGCUGUACCACAUCCUCACCCCUGUGCCCCCGGAAGAGCUAAGGACCGUGAAUUGUCUGCUCGUUGGAGCUAUUGCCAUUCCGCAUUGUGUCCUUAAGUGCCAGCGUGGGAUCGAAGGGACAGUACCUUACGUCACAACGGAUUACAAUUUUAAACUUCCUGGAGCAUCAGAGAAAAUUGGAGCAAGAGAACCUGAGGAGGCACAUAAAGAGAAACCAUACCGAAGACCUAAGUUUUGUCGAAAAAUGAAGUGAUGCUCUCGUUUUUAAUAAGGGAAGAAACUUUCCUACCAGAAAGCUUUGUCUCAAGCCUGACCACAAGAGACAUGAUGGAGUUUCAUGGCCAUGAAUCGUUCUCUUAUUAGCAAGUGUUUUUUGUGUAAUUCGUGAAUGUCGUAUAGUAGUCUUAAGUUUCUCUUUUAAAGCUGCAUGAGCUAGAAUUUGCUCUAGUCUUCUGUGUGGUACUCAUACUUGCUGUCCAGAGGGAGUAAAACAGCAGAGAAUAGUUUGUGUACCAUUAAAACAGAGAUUCCUCGGAAAGUUCUUCAAGGACCUGGUUAUUAGAAUCAGGAUAAAAAUAAGGAAACUGGGGCCAUAACAAUGUACUGAGAAGGGAGGAAGAAGGCCGACCUGCAGGAUCUCAAGCAUAAUGGAUACAAGGGCUUGCCAUGGGCCUUGCCUGAGCCACGUGCACACCUGGGGGCCAGCGGUCUGCUUCCUUGGAGCCGGUGUGGAUGGUUACAGCCCAUCCAUUUGGUGCAGUUGUACUUGGUCUGUUACAUUCAAUCAAGGUUUAAUAGAUAGGGCUGGGCAUGGUGGCUCACGCAAACCUGUAAUCCUAGCACUUUGGGAGGCUGAGGCGGGAGGAUUGCUUGAGCCUUGGAGUUCCAGGCUGGAGUACACCAACUACUCCAGCCUGAGCGACAGAGUAAGACCUUAUCUUUUAAAAAAGAAAAGAAAAAUUUAAACAGGUUCGAUAGAUAUAAAUUUGGACCCAGAGCCCUUCCUUUUUUUUAAUCCUGAGGUUUUAUGCCGAGGAAAUUGCUUUCAAAUCUGGAAAUCCUGGGGGCCAGGCGCGGUGGCUCACGCCUGUAAUCUCAGCACUUUGGGAGGCCAAGGCGGGCAGAUCACAAGGUCAAGAGAUCGAGACCAUCCUGACUAACACAGUGAAACCCCGUCUGUACUAAAAAUACAAAAAAAUUAGCCGGGCGUGGUGGUGGGCGCCUGUAGUCCCAGCUACUCAGGAGGCUGAGGCAGGAGAAUGGCAUGAACCCAGGAGGCGGAGCUUGCAGUGAGCCGAGAUCACGCCACUGCACUCCAGCCUGGGCGACAGAGCAAGACUCCAUCUCAAAAAAAAAAAAAAAAUCUGGAAAACCUCUUCUGGGGGCUCUUAAAAAGUAGAUUUGUCCAAAUUGACUUCUGAUCUGAGGCCAGAGACAACCACAGGGCAGAGCUGGAGACUGGGCUGUUUGGAAGGAAGAAGGACUGGCAGACCGGCUCUUGGGAAAGCUCCAUUUUUGCCUGUGGGAGGUUGGACCUGAACUUGCACCUAUGAACAACCCUGCCAUUUAGAGCUUUUUCCUGGGGGUGCCGGAGGCUGGUGACCAGACUGCCAUUCUUCCUGUUCUCCCUAGUGCUUCCGACCCUUUGUCCUCUAGGUUGGAAGUGGUUUGUGUAAACAGGUGAUGGGACCAGGUCACAUCAUUUCUGCAUUUAAGACAGCAGGAUACUUACUGGGGCUGAGGUUCAAACUGGUAUUAUGACCACUGCUUUGACAGAAUUCCAUCUUCCCAGCAUGAUCACAUUGUAAGACUAUUAGGAUGUGUGGGUUUUAACACUUAUAUACAAUUAAACUGUUGGUUAUCAUUGUCUUUAGUAUUUUAUGGCAGCCCCUCAGCACCUCUUAGACCCAACAGCAAAAGACUUAAAAUAAUCACAGGAAACCUUGCUAUGGUGAUUAGUUUUGAUACCUUUGAGACAAUUGAGUCUAGCUUCUUCGUUGCCCCUUAUUUAUGUUGAAAUCUGGCUCAUUCAUAUGAUGUUUUACUGUGCUGGCCUUGUGAAGAAUUUUAAGACAAUCCACCACCAUCAGCGUUUUGCCUUUCUCCACUUCCUUGUGUCUUUACAGUUAUACUCAUGGAGGUCAUUUGCAGCAAGGCUCUGGAAGAAUGAAACUGGUGCCCUGUAAUUGUAUUUGCAUUCAAUCUGGGUUUGCCUUCAGGCUUUAAAUGUGGCCUGUAUGAAGGUCAAGUCUUUUUCUUCAGUCCCUAUCAGUAAAGAAAAAUCGUUGCCUCUAGAGGGAGCUAUCAGCUGUGAGUCAGGUGGCCGCACUGGGGCUAGAGUUGGCCCAGGAAGCUGUACAGGGUUUAGGGAAGGAGGUUCGGAGACCGGGAGCCUAGGCCACUGUCAGCUCUAGCUUGUGCCGGUCAGACUUGCAGCAGCACCAUUCUCUGGUGCUUUUUUUUCUUUUUUUUUUUUUUUUUUUUUUUUUUUUUGAGAUGGAGUUUCGCUCUUGCUGCCCAGGCUGGAGUGCAGUGGCGCAAUCUGGGCUCACUGCCACCUCUGCCUCCCGGGUUCAAGCGAUUCUCUUGCCUCAGCCUCCCGAGUAGCUGGGAUUACAGGCGUGCACCACCACGCCUGGCUAAUUUUCUAUUUUUAGUAGAGAAGGGGUUUCACCAUGUUGGCCAGGCUGGUUUCGAACUCCUGUCCUCAGGGGAUCUACCUGCCUUGGCCUCCCAAAGUGUUGGGAUUACAGGCAUGAGCCACCGCACCCGGCUGGUGGAAGUGGCCUUAAGGGCAUUUAGAGGAAGGACAAGAUUGGACUGUUUGUCAUUUCCACAGUCUGUUACGGGUCAGAUUGGGUAGUAAGGAGUUCUCCAUUGGAGCUAUUCUUUUUUUUUUUUUUUUUUUUUUUGAGACAGAGUCUCGCUCUGUCACCCAGGCUGGGAUGCAGUGGCGCGACCUUGGCUCACUACAGCCUCUCCCCUCCCGGGUUCAAGCGAUUCUUCUGCCUCAGCCUCCAGAGUAGCUGGGAUUACAGGCGUGCACCACCACACCCAGCUAAUUUUUGUAUUUUUUAGUAGAGACAGGGUUUCACCAUGUUAGUCAGGCUGGUCUCGAACUCCUGACCUCGUGAUUCGCCCACCUCAGCCUCCCAAAGUGCUGGGAUUACAGGCGUGAGCCACUGCGCCUGGCCUGAAGCUAUUCUUUACAAAAACUUUGUUUGUUUGUUUGCGACAGACUCUGUCGCCAAGGCUGUAGUGCAGUGGCCUGAUCUCAGGUCACUGCAACCUCUGCCUCCUGGGUUCAAGCGAUUCUCCUGCUUCAGCCUCCCAAGUAGCUGGGAUUACAGGCGCCUGCCACCACACCCGGCUACUUUUUGUAUUUUUAGUAGAGAUGGCGUUUCACCUUACUGGUCAAGCUGGUCUCGAACUUCCAACCUCGGGGAUCUGCCUGCCUCGGCCUCCCAAAGUGUUGGGAUUACAGGCAUAAGCCACUGCGCCUGGGCCUCUUAGUAAUUUUUGUAUGUAAUUUUCAAAGUAUUCAGGAUUACAGGCGCCCGCCACUACACCAGCUAAUUUUUUUUUUUUUUUUUUUUGAGACGGAGUCUCGCUCUGUCGCCCAGGCUGGAGUGCAGUGGCACAAUCUCGGUUCACUGCAAGCUCCGCCUCCCGGGUUCACGCCAUUCUCCUGCCUCAGCCUCUCCGAGUAGCUGGGACUACAGGCGCCCGCCACCACGCCCGGCUAAUUUUUUUGUAUUUUUAGUAGAGACGGGGUUUCACCGUGGUCUCAAUCUCCUGACCUCGUGAUCCGCCAGCCUCCCAAAGUGCUGGGAUUACAAGCAUGAGCCACCACGCCCGGCCUACACCAGCUAAUGUUUUUGUAUUUUUAGUAGAGAUGGGGUUUUACUGUGUUGGCUAGGCUGGUCUCAAGCUCCUGACCUUGUGAUCCGUCCGCCUUGGCCUCCCAAAGUGCUGGGAUUACAGGCGUGAGCCACUGCGCCCGGCCUAGGUCAUUUGUUUUUGGGUUUGGAUGGCAAGAUCAUGGAUUAGACAGCAGGCUUUGAUUAUAGAGCUCUGAGUUCAAUCCUGGCUCUACCACUUGUCAUUGGUGUAACUUGGAGGAAGAUGCUUAACCUGAGCCUGUUUUGUGUUUUGAAGAUGGGGUAAUUGUCCUUCCUUCAGUAUUCCUGGGUGAGGAGUAAGUGAAGUCAUGUCUAUAAGAGAUUCAGCACAGUCUCCGGCGUGUAGAAACGGUCAGUAACUCCUAGUGUGUGGCCAGCCUCUGAUUAGAUGGUAAACUCAAGAGGCUGGCAGCACGGCUGUGCUACUCACAGUCAUGCUGGAGGGAUGCAGAAAUACACGAAUCUGCAGCUACUUACUCAUCUUGCCUCUCUGGUGGUUCACGUUAAAAUUGUUGCUACCAAGCUUCCUGUGGUCAAAGAGCCCUUGAGGAAGCAAGCUCCAUGGCCACCAUAGAUAAUCCAUUCCUGAAAGUUUUUCAUAAACCCCCACUUGUUGCUUUUAAAAUUUUAUAAGCAGCUUACACAUGUAGAAAAUGAUCCUCCAGCCCACCACCACAUAGUAAUCACUGACACAGGUGUCUCAGCUGGGGUUCUGCUGUGUGUGUGUGUAUAUUUUACAAAAUAUGUAUGGUUUCUGUUCAGCUCUUUUCAGUUAACAGAUGAACUUUUGUAUCAUUAAAUAUUUUUGAGAACAUGAA